CUCCCAUUCAGGAGUUAUCACUCAUACAUACAACUGCGCACUUUACGACGCUACAAAUACAUUAAUAUUUUAAGCAUAUAAUUGACUGAUAAUAUUUCAUUUCUAUCUGAUAUUUGUAUGCAAUAUUUGUCUAUAUAUGUGUCUAUAUAUAAAAGAUAACAUAUAUCUGAAACCCCAUUAUAUUGUUAUCACAUUACAUUGUCUACCGAUAACUUUUUUAACAACUCACCAUUAUAUUUUUUUGAAUAGGCAGUGUUAGUUUACUGUGCAACAGUACGAGAAAUUUAUUACAUUUUUAAAUCAACAAGACAAUAAUGGCAACAGCAAAAGUGGUUUCUAGAAGUUUAGCACGACUUUUGGUAAGCAGAAACUAUUCAUUGACCAAAUACGUAAAUGAAGGUACAUGGACGUCUGGUAAUAUUGUAAAAUCACCGGCGAAAGAUGUAGAAAUACCCAAUAGACUAAUUCCUGAGCAUAUUUGGGAGAAUAUGGAGAAAUGGCCGGACAAGACUGCAGUUAUAUGUGGUAUAACAAAACGGUCAUUCACCUAUCACCAACUGUAUAAAAACUCAAGAAAUUUAGCUGCAAAGCUGAGGAACAGUUUGAAUAUACGCGACAGUGAUGUAAUAUGCAUUAUGAUGCCCAAUUCGCCUGAUUAUGCAUUAGCCAUACUCGGAACACUGCAAGCUGGUGCUGAAGUUACUACAGUGAAUCCUAUUUAUACAGCUCAUGAAGUACACAGGCAACUUUUGCUUUCAAAACCAAAAUUGUUAAUCGGAAUACCGGAGACUAUUUCCGUUUUAAAAGAUGCACUUAAAUUAGCCAAAAUGGAUAUUCCAAUCAUUUCUUGCAGAGGAUAUGCAAAUAAUGAUCUACCAGACGAUGUUAUAGCUUUUGAUGAACUAGCUAACGCUACUAAUGUAGAUUAUGAUGUGCUAAAAGAUGUUUCUAGAACGCCAAGCGAUAUAGCCCUCUUGCCAUAUUCCAGCGGCACAACAGGUCUUCCUAAAGGAGUAGAGCUUACUAAUCGAAAUAUUGUAUCAAAUUGUGUUCAACAAAACUCUAAUGGACUACGACAUUACCAGGAUACUACAAGUACCUAUCAAGAUGCUACACUUGCAGUACUACCGUUUUAUCACAUUUAUGGCUUAUCAAUUGUUUUACUCCACAAACUAUCAGUUGGAGUGAAAGUUGUUACUUUGCCCAAAUUUCAACCACAGAGCUUCUUAACUACGUUAAAAGAACAGAAAAUCAGUAUUUUCUGUGCCGCACCUCCAUUAAUAUUAUUCCUGGGAUCUAAUCCAGAAGUAAAAAAUGAGGAUUUAGAAAGCCUUAACGUUAUCACUUGUGGUGCUGCACCACUUCCAAAAUUAGAUAUAUACAGAGUUUUGAAUAAAACAAAGAAGAAUUUGGCCUUCUUGCAAUUGUACGGUUUAACAGAAACUGCUCCAUUAGUUACAACUCUGCCAAAUAAUAGCAAAAAUUACGUGUCAGCUGGCGUUGCCGUACCAAACACUGAGUUGAAAAUUAUAAAUACGGAUGAGAUUGCUUUGGGCCCUAAUGAGGUUGGUGAACUUUUAGUCAGGGGACCUCAAGUCAUGAAAGGCUAUAGAAAUAAUCCUGAAGCAACGAAACAAGUGAUCACAGAAGACGGAUGGUUUAGAACCGGAGACAUUGCUUCUAUUGAUGAAGAUGGUGCUCUUACUAUAACCGAUAGAGUUAAGGAGUUGAUAAAGGUGAAGGGAUAUCAAGUAGCACCAGCAGAAUUGGAAAGCAUUCUCCGAGAACAUCCUGAUGUUGAAGAUGCUGGGGUAGUUGGAGUACCAGACUCAAGAACUGGAGAAGCUCCUAAAGCAUUCGUUGUUGUGAAAGAAGGCUCUAAAACUAAAGCGAUGAAUAUAUUAAACUAUGUAUCAGAAAGAGUAGCUGAAUUCAAAAGAAUCAAAGAAAUAGUGUUUUUGGAUAGUCUUCCAAAAAAUCCUUCUGGAAAACUUUUGAGAAGGAUUCUUAAGGAGAAAUACGCUUAAAUUUUAUUAUUGUAUUUUUAUAUGUUUUAUUUUUGUAUUCUUGUAUAUUUAUUAUAGAACCAUUAUUAUUUAUUUAUGAAUAAAUAAUAAUUAGCUCAAAAUUAAUAUGAAAUAAAGACAAGAGUCAAACUUUAUCAACUGCAAAACCAAUUAUCAAAAUCGAUUCAAUAAACAAAUCAGAAACCUUCUUCUUUUAGUAGUCGCUUGAACAAGUACAUUUGUAUAGAUUGCUUCAAAGAAAACUGGUAGUUUUGGACUCAGCAAUUAACUAAUUAAAUCAAUAAAGCAAAGACGAGUAAUUACAUAAAUUUAUAAUAGAUUCUGGAUAUAAUACUUGAGAUUGUUAGCAAUCAAUUCAUACACACAAUAUGACAUGAACUGAAUCAAAAGUCAUAAGUUACUAUUCAGAUACACUUGACUACAGUUAUUACUAUUUAUAUACUAUAUAACUUUAGCUAUUGCUAAACUUAGUAAAGAAACGAAUUGAGAACUUGUAGGAGCAACUUUAAUUUGGUCAUAUCCUUUUAUUUGUUUGGCUGUUAACCUAUUAUUGUAUAAACUAAUCACAAUAACAUUGUAAAUAUUGUUGACUGACAAUAUUUCUAAAUGAGCUAACAAAAGAUAGUCUGAUAAUUCCAUUUCAAUUAUAAAAUAAGCAAAUAUCUGACUUUAAUGAGAUAAAAUAUAUCAAUGUUGUGGAAUUUAUAAUUUUUAAACUUCUUAUCACUAUCGUCCCAGCAGAGUGUGUGUUAUGUCAUGUAAAAUAUUAUCAAUGGUUUAUCAAUUUUGUUUCUAAUUAAUAAAAUAUGUAAACUUUA